AUGAUUCAAAUGAAAUUCAGCUCGAACUCCCUCAAAACCAACAAGUAAAUUGUACAGAAAAUAAUAGAAAAGUGGAAAGAGUAGUAACAUCAACAAGUUCAUCAGAGAAUAAUUCCGAACAAUACGUUCAUCGUAGGGCAUUGAGUGAUAGUGCUACAUUGUGGAAUGCUUCUAUCAUCAGCAGCACUGCUGAUGAGCCAGGAUUUAAAACACCAACAAAGAAAAUUACACUCACAAACCGUUUUGAUUCAGCAGACGAUAUUUCCUCAGGUGUACCAUCAACUGUUGAGAGAGAUACUGAUAUUUUGGCUAGUAAUAGGGAUGGUGACAUUAGAUUCAUGAUUGAUCCCUCUGCUUCACCAUUUGUUCCAGUUUCACCAUUGGUGGCAGCUAAUGCAUUUUCACCAAGGUCUAUUCCUGUGACUUCAAAUGCCUUCCAAGAACUUGAUAACCAAGGAAUUUCGCCAGUAUCUCCUCGUUUACUUAGAUCUGGUAGUGUUGUCGCCCUAGAUAAAAAGACUCCUAGCUUGCAAUCACCACUCAAGAAGAAAGCUCACAGAAGAGUGAAAAGCUUUAACUUGACUCAUGCUGCUGGAGUUUUUGGGUCAGAAUUUGAUAUCAAGUGUGUUAAAGUUGAACUUAUAAUGAUGGAUAUUGAUACCUACAUGACCAAAUUUGAACCUAUUAGAAUAAUGGCAGAUCGAUGGAUUAGAGAUUUAGAUUUUAUCAAAUUUGGAGUUAAAAUUUUUAAUAGAAUUUAUGUUUGGCUUGAAGAUUCUCUGGUCCAUCAAUUUUCGACAGAUAAGAUUGAUUUAUCUGACUGUCCUACAAUUGAAUUCAACUUGUCUGAACAACCACUUUCCAAAGUAUUAGACACAACAUGUCAAAUUAUCAAUGAAUACAAUACCAAACAGAAAUACUCCUACUAUAAUUACCACUCGUUUUCCUUUGCUAGAAGAGUCAUUGAAAAAUUAAGUGGUAAAAAGCUCAAGAGUAAGAAUGUUUUACCAAAAACCUUGGUGAAAUACUAUAGAGAAUAUAGAGAUAUUGAAAAGAAGAAGAAAGAAAAAGAGGAAAAGGAAGAAAAAGAACACGCAAAGGUAUCAAACUCAGCACCAUCUCCUGCUACUCCAAACGAACAAGGUAAGGAGGGUGACGAGUUUGAUGAUGCAACCCCAACAUGCAAAGAAAAUUUACCUUUCACUCCAGAAGACUACUUGGAUUUAUUAAUAGAGGAAGAAAGAAAUAGAGAUACCAAUUUUAUUUAUUAUGUUCCAAAGAGAUUAAUUCUCAAAAAGUACAGAAAGUUCCACCAAAAACAAGAGAUCAAGAACCACACUUACCUAUUGAACUUGAUCAAUUCUCUUCUUGAGCAGUGUCCAAAGUUUAAGGAGGAAUACAAAUUUGAUUAUUUGAUUCUUAAAACUUUGGAUAGAAAGUUUUGGUUGGAAAAGUAUUUGCAAGAGAAGUAUGAUCCUGUAAAGCAAAAAUGUAAAUUUUUCCACAAAGAAGGUACAAAGAUUCACUUUGCCGAACCAAUCUAUUUGAGAGAUUUACUGAAAGAGAGAAUUCAUAGAAGAAGAAAGUUGUUUAACGUUAAAAUUGAAGAUGAACAAGUUGGCCUCGAAGAAUCUCCAAUAUGGAAAAAUGAUAAUGACAAUAUCAUUACCAACUUUUCCAAACACAGAGAGGAAAAGAAAGGCAAAACUGUAAAGGUACUUUCUAUGGAUGGUGGUGGUAUGAAGGGUCUUAUUUUGAUUGAGAUUUUAAAGGUAAUUGAAGAAAGAGUUGGUAAGAAGAUUUGUGAAAUAUUUGACAUUGUUGCUGGAACAAGUACUGGUGGAAUUGUUGCAUUGCUUAUUAAUGGAGGAGUUCCAAUGAAGCUUGCUAAAGAAUAUUAUAUUGACAUUGGUAAAAAUAUUUUUGACUUGAAGACAACCCACAACAAGUCUCUUGUCAAGACAAUGAAAGUCCUCAGAGGUAGAAGUUGGUAUGAUGGAUAUCAUCUUGAGAUGACCUCAAUGAAUCUUACUCAAGAUGUUGACUUGAAUACUCUUCACAAAAAGAAACCUUUUACAUUCCUUGUCUCUACAAUGGACAAAUCUUCGAAUCCUAAAAUGAACUUGGAUGAGCCAACAGCCUUUGUUUUCAGAACAUACAGCGACCCUUAUGACUACACAGAGGAAAGUGAGUCUUCAUCUUUAACAAGCUCAUCAAAGAAACAGCCAUCAUUCUACCGAGGUACUAGCACAGGUGCUGGUAUUACAGCUAUGGAUGUUAUUAGAGCUACUUCUGCUGCCCCAAUGUACUUCAAGCCAAGAGUAAUUGGUGAUUCUGAAUUUAUAGAUGGUGCAGUUGUUGCAAAUAAUCCAAUUCAACUUUCAAUGUAUGAGGCUAAGCAAAUAUUCCCUAAUCAUGACAAGUUUGUUUUUGUUAGUUUGGGAACAGGAGCAUUAUCAGGGAAAAAUAGUGAAGAAGAUGGAGAUGAAGAAGUCAAUUUAAAUUUAAGUCCACAAGGAACUAAUACUAAACCAAGGAAAAAGUCAAUCAUGAAGGCAUUCAAGGGUAUUUCUCAAACAUUGAACACACUACUUUCAGUGGUAAACUUACAAUUGAGCAGUGAUAGAAUUCACAAAAUGGCUACUGCUCAGCUCGAGUUCUUUAAGGAAGGAAAGAGUUUGUGUGAAUACUUUAGAUUGAAUGUUCCUGGGUUGGGAGAUAAGGGACUCGAUGAAGUUGAUGAUGAAUUAUUUGCUCUCUUUGAAAAAGAUACUGUUGCAUAUAUGGAAAAUCAUCCAGACUUGGACAGACUUUGUCAACUUUUGAAAAUGGAGUAAAUUCUUUCCAUU